UGAUGAAGUAAUUUAGCAUUCAGAUACCAACGAAUUGAGAAGCGGGUUUUUUUGUUGCAUCGUUCUACUUCCCAUGUGCAAUGGACUUAAAGAUUCCCGAACAAUGGCUUGAGUUUCCUGAGGAUGUGGAGAGCACGGAAAUCAUCCCGCAUCGCACAUCAAGCACGGAAGAUUUUGAAACCGACGCCGCAGACUUACCAUACGAGGACCACGAUCAGUUCGAAUUCGAUCAGGAUAUUAAUGUUCCAACAGCAGCAACCUCAACAGCAGCCGCACAUCUUGAUAAUGACGAAAUAUUGCUUAUCGAAGUGUUAGUCCCUAUGCUCUCGAGCAGCUCAUACGAACAACGACCACUUCAAAACAGGCAUCGAAGAAACGACCGAAGGAGAAGUUCUCGCCGAUCACGUCGAUCUCGAAGUCGCCAGAGAAGACGGUCAGAGCGCAAUCGAAGAAGGCGGGAAGAGGGCGGCCCUGAUAGUGAGAUUAGCUUCCACAGACGCUCUAACCGAUUGUUUAGCCGACGUAUGCAUCCUAGAUCAGCCCGGGGCAAUAAUCCAACACCAUGACGCUUCCUCGUGAACAUUUCGUUCAAGAGAUACAAAUUUCAAGUAAGAUUACCAAAUUUUCUCCAUUAAUCAAGCAUACCGUUCUAGAGCUUAACACGGUCUAAAAAGGGUACAUGUAUUUUUAGAAGAAAUAUAACAUUUCUCAGCGAGAAUUCCUUUCAUUCAGUUUGUUGUUACACGAUGAACGCGACACGUGCUUUUUGCAUUGUUAGCAGUGCGCAAAUGUUACCAAAAUUUUAGCGUCCCACUUAAUGGUGGAUUGCUGAGUGUGCCACAUUCAUAACCAACCAGAACUAUCAGCUUUACAGUUUUACUGAUGAAUCGUCGAAAUGGCUUGCCCUUUCGACUCUCCAAUACUAUCCAACCGAACAAAACCCGGACGGGCAUUCCAGCAAGGGGUUUGGUGCCGUUAGCUAAUUACUUUCGCUGAGGCUCGCGUUUUUAUGCUCCGGUGGCAGUUUGUGUAGCCCCCGUGCUAACCUUAACCGAAAACAAGCAGCCAGUGUCUAGUGUGGUGCGACGGUUCUCUUGCUAUGGUGAAAGAACUGCAACGCCGUACAAACAUAACAACAAAUACGCCCGUGCGCCUAAGAGCCUCCGUCUCGGGUUAGGUGGGGUGGAAAGGCUCUUCUGGAGAAAUUAUCCCCCGUCCAACAUUCCUCCCAUCCCACCCGCCAGUUCCUUGUGGUCCAUCACAAUUAAAGCACAAAAGAACGUGGCGCCGUGAAUUCCGCUGUACAGUUGCGGUCAGAAGCUGGCACGUUCUGCACGGGAACGAACCGAUCCGAACGUACAAACCCGUAAGGUGAUUGCCAAGUGAUUGCUGUAAGCAUGACGGUAGUGCAGAGUAAGGUGAAACUGUUCGCCCGAUUGUGGCUGGUGGUGGUGAUUUUACUACUCGUUCCCGGUGUACGUGGAGUAGAUGGUGACAAUGAAGUGCCGCCGGCGGCGGCGGCACCGGAAUCGGUACGGCAGCUCGGUGUCAGUGUGAACACAAGGCGGCUGGCAAACGUGCUGGGGGACGAGUUUAUUAGCUUCUCCGCCAAACCGCAAGACAUCUUCGAUGGCCAGGGCAACCCGAUCACCGAAACUAGCUUCCUGAUGGCGCAGAGUCUUGGCGGUACCUUCCUGAAGGUGAUCGCGGACUCGUCGCAGCUUCAUCUGCAAACAACCGGCGGGCAGAGUGUGAUCGGCAAUCCGGACGACGUCGAGUUGGUGCAGAUUAGUGCAAGUGCAUGGCAAGCGUUCUACGAUUGGGCUCGGCGGGCCAACAUCCUGCCAGUGUUUGUGCUGGACUACCCGACCGACGGCGGCCAGUGGGACGUAAAGAAGGCACUGCGCAUUCUAACCGCGGCCAGCGCGCUUGGCAUCGACGAAUGUCGCUGGCAGUUGGGAAAUGGACUCGUUAAGGACGGCGUGAAGUAUGCGGAUGAUUUGCGAACGUUCCGCACGAUGUUGCAAGCCUUCCCCAAGCAGAACUGGACGGUUGUAGCGUCCGAACUGAAUCCACAGCUGGUACCGCUGGAAGAUGUUCAGUAUUUCCAUGCCAACGGGGACAGUCUGGUGGAUGCCAUCACGAUCUCGAGACCACGGUACGAUAGUGCGGCCUGGAACUACACCACUCUGCAGCGGGAUAUUCAUCUUCGUGGCCUGUCUAAGCAGCGUCUUCCGAUAUGGCUCGAUCUAGUUGCCGAUUACAAUCGUAGCGAGGUGGAGGCAUCUGGUGAUACGGAAUCUACCGCUGCUCCUACUUGCUGCAAAUCAUGCGUCCAAGAAGGCCUCGACUAUGCUCGAACACUCGGUGAAGCUGCCCGCGGUGGUAUUAGUGCGGUAUUUCAGCCCUUACAGCGGGACGAUAUUCAACAGUAUUCGUUGCAUUAUUUAAUCUCCGCGCUGUACAAACAAACCGUCGGUCACAAAGUCUUCCCCGUCCAUUUCAACCUACUUCCCGCGGGCGAAAAACCCGGCCAAACGUCAGUGUACGCCUACUGUACACGCAAUCGUACCGGAUCGCUUACGCUCGUGCUGGUGAAUGGUGAGGAGGAGGGUGCGACCAACGCCACCAUCAAGCUGCUGACACGAUCCCUUUCCUCUCCGGUCGAGCUGUUCCUGUUGAGCGUACAGGACGGACAGCCGAUGGUGAACAAUCUGCCCCUGGAUGCGACUGCGACCACCACACCGCCCAGCAUAGAACCGGUCAAAGCGGUCACGACCCUUACGCACGGUGUCAGCUUCUACGUACCAGCGCAAACGAUCCUGUUCGCUGUAAUACCCGGCGUCCAGGUACGCGAAUGUCGCAACGAUGCCCUACCCGAACGUAAAAAGCUUCCCCGGGAGCUUCAGCACGAUCGUACCUCUACCGAUCUGCUGCUCGAAGAACUCAUCGGCGAGCUGUUGGCCAAUGCGCCUCGCGACACGCUGCAACGCCGGCGACGUUCGCUAGGGGAGCAGGACAAGCCCACAAUUAAAGCCAACAAGAAGUGGAAACGAUUUCACGCUCGUUUCACUGAUGCGUCACAAAGCGAUGGUCUUGCGGAAAGCCUCUCGGCGGUUCUCGCGGACGCGCAAUCGACCGUUGGGCCGACGGAAAGGACAGCGCGUGGUCCCCGCCAGACGCAAGCAUACAAGCGGCAGCAGCGGCGGAUUCGCAACAAGGAAAAACGCUCGGAAAUGCGCAACCUGAAGAAAAUGAAGCACCCGUUGCGCGAGGCCCGACGGGAACGGUCGAAGCGUGGCGAUUUGCUGAAAGCACGCCGAUCGGCCGCCCAUCCACAUCGGCGCAUUCACCAGCGUUUGUUGAACCGGAUGUCGGCGAAGCUGGAAAGCCGCAAAACGAAACGAUCCUCGCUGGCGGAAGCCGUCAAUGAGCCACCGAACUUUGGCGCCGGCAGCGAUGAGCAGGACGAGCUAGGCCAACGGUCGGACUUUCCGCUCGGCGAUGUGCACCUAGUUAUCUCCAAGGGAGGCAAUGGCGAUGGGGAGGUCGAAUACGUGCCAACCGAUGAUGAUGACGACGAUGAUGAUGCCGUUGAAGUUGGCAUGGUAGAGCGAAAGCAGAGCUGGAGUGGGGCCCGUCAUCGACCGGCAAUUCGGCGAAGGAUCUCGGUGAAUCAGCGCGAUUUCUAUCGCUUUGCUCCGGUCUGGGAUCGAAGCCGAACUUUGGAGGGCGGUCAGGAGCAGUCUGACUGUGGCCGGCGACGUACGCUGCGUCGCGGUCCAAAGGAUCCGGAAGCGCGGGAAACAAAGCGCAUCGAUCGGUUCAUGUCCAUUGGAAAGGAACGGUCGGAGGAGGUGAAUGCUAUGGAAGCAAGGCCGGGCCAGCCGGAGGCAGCAUCUACUAGAGAAGAGUUUACUAUUGCCAAGAAGGAAGAAGUGAGGCUUGAUUCGGAAGAGGGCCAACGACAGCAAGAGCCUGUGCAAGAGAAAUCCCAGGAAGAACCCACAAUUGUUUCUGGCGAGAACCACGACCAAGUAACGGAUCGUACGACGAUGCCUCCUUCGGAAGAGGAAAUCCAUCUCUACACACCGGCACCACGCACGAGCGAGGAGCAACAGAGCGUGCCGCAACUUGAUCCGAUCUGGUCGCUGGAGUCGUCACCUGAAUCAUCCGCCGAAGUGUCUGAGCUGAUGCACAAUCGCUACAAACGUGCGCUCCAACCAUCCGCAGAGGCUUCGGUCGAGUCGCAGGAAGUGCAGCGGUUGGAGGACUUUUUCCGUACGAACGCAAAGCUGCAGCAAAAGUUUGCCGAAAUGUUUGACCUACUGCUGGAGGCCAUCGAAGAGCUGGAUGCGGAGGAAAACAAUGCCCGCGAGAUGAGCGACGAUGGCGAAGCUGAGCAUGAUGGUGACGAGGUGGCGGAAAGAGCCGGAACUGGCAUGCCGUCCCACAAACGCUCCAAACGUAACGUCCUGCUGCACCCACAAUCCUGGGAAUCCCGGGAGCGGUCGAAUAUGAUUCAUCGGCGGGAACGAUCGGAAGAAGAUUCGUACGAAAAUCACAUCAUUGCAGCAGCCCAACCCAAGGCACCGUCGAAAUCGCUGGCGGAACAUGCUGGCGGUGUGCAGACGUCGCAAGAAUCGCAGCAACCAGAGCACGAGCAGGACAGCGAUGAGGGAAAGCCGGGCGCGUUCAUGCUACGGUCGGUGGUGAACUUUAUGCGAAGAGCGUCCACCGAGUUUCACCAGCUGUUUUCCAGCUGGUUUGGAAAGACCGCGUAAAAGAACAUAGGCCAGGUGAGGGGUCGAGGGAAAUGCAUGUGGGUAACACCUAUCGAGUAAGUUUGUAUGUAAAAUAGUGUUUACUAGUUUAGUGAAAUAAAGUGCCUGUGGUUUCUUCCUUAA